AUGUCAACUACUACCGAAACACAAUCACGCAGUCGUCGACAAGGCACGGGCACGGGCACACUUGAUCCGGUGGCCAAGAGACAAGGAGGGGCACAUGGUAGAACCCCGAACCAGACCUCGUCAACCGAGACAAAGUUCCCAGACGAUCUAUUCUUCUGGACGUACACAGAAGAACCUCACCGAACUCGCCGACAGGCCAUCAUCAAAGCCCACAAAGACAUAUUGAAGCUAUGUGGCCCUGAACCACUCACCAUCUAUGUUGUCACUGGCGUAGUCACUCUUCAGGUCAUCUGUGCUGCCCUGAUGAGACAUCACUCGAUCCUGUCAUGGCCCUUUCUUCUCACUGCAUACGUGGUCGGAGCCACUGCCAACCAAAACUUGUUCCUGGCCAUCCACGAGAUCAGCCAUAAUCUAGCCUUUCGCACACCGCUAUACAACAGGUUGUUUGCAAUUUUUGCAAAUCUCCCCAUUGGCGUUCCUUAUUCGGCCGGUUUUCGACCGUAUCACUUGACACACCAUAAAUCCCUCGGUGUUGAUGGCCUCGAUACCGACCUUCCAACUGCCUUGGAGGCAGUUUUCUUCGACUCAGUUAUCGGCAAGGCCUUUUUCUGCACGUUCCAGCUCCUCUUUUAUGCCAUCAGACCAGUCAUGGUGUAUAAGAUUCCGUUUGGGCCAAUUCACUACGCCAACAUCAUCGCUCAGAUCCUCUUCGACGCGGCCAUUGUCAAAUUCCUCGGGCUCCAGGCUCUGAUCUAUCUCCUCAUGAGUUCAUUCUUGGCUGGUUCUCUCCAUCCAUGUGCUGCCCACUUCAUCUCGGAGCACUACGUUUUUGCAAAAUCGACCGUCAAAGGCGGCAAGAUGCCGAAGGAUGUCCCCAUCCCCGAAACAUAUUCCUACUACGGCCCACUCAACCUUCUGACGUAUAAUGUGGGUUAUCACAAUGAGCACCACGAUUUCCCUGCAAUUCCCUGGACCAGGCUACCAAAAGUCUACGAAAUUGCCCGAGAAUUCUACGAGCCUCUCCCAGCACAUAGGAGCUGGCCUCUGGUCCUGUGGCAAUUUAUCACCGAUCACGAGGUAGGCAUGUGGUGCCGAGUCAAGCGAGCCCAAGGCGGAAGAAUGGUGGGGGCAUGGCAAGAUGGCGAGAUUGAGAGCUGA